GCAAUGGAUUCCCAGAGCGCGUUUACGAUGAUCCGGGGCGUGCAGCAGGCACUCAAGGUGCUGGUAUUCUUGCAGUUGACAGAAUAUUUGUGGCCGAAGCACAUCGAUGUACCAGAUGGAGCGAGUUUCGAGUUUAUCGUGGUAGGCGCGGGCACGGCGGGGAGCGUCGUCGCCAACCGGCUCACGGAAGACCCCAACGUCAACGUGUUGCUUAUAGAGGCCGGGGGAGACCCUCCGUUAGAAUCUGAGAUCCCUGGCACGCUAUACUUCAUGAUGAGGGAGACUCAGUACGAUUGGAACAUCACCAUGGAAGCGGAUCAGCGCGUUGAAACUUGCCAUCAGCAACCGAACGCACCGAACUCCUUAGGAAGGAUGUUGGGAGGCACCAGCUCCAUGAGCUACCUGAUGUAUUCAGAGGGAUCCCGCGGGACUAUAACUCGUGGGCAGCUUUACUCGGAGACGACACGUGGAAGUGGGAGAAUGCACUGCCCUACUUUAGAAAAAGCCGAAAGUGUUGCAAUUCCUAAAAUACUGGCUUCGGACAUUGACAAAGAUUUAUAUGGAACAGAAGGAUACUUCAAAGUCAGUGUAGAAAAAUACGACGAUGAUGAAAAAUAUUUUCAGACAUGCAAUGACAUGGGAUAUCAGGAAGUGCCAGAUUUGAACGAGAACCAUCCUUUAGGUUGCUCUCGAAUGAAAAUUGCAGUCGGCGACGGCGCAAGGCAAAGUACUGCGCGCGCAUACUUAACGCCUAUUAAAGAUAGACCAAAUUUAUAUGUCACUAAACACACUCAAGUGACCAAAAUACUUUUUGAUGGCAACAAAAAUGCUAUAGGCGUAGAAGCACUCACCAAUGAUGGUAAAACUAUGGUGUACAAAUCCACAAAAGAGGUCAUUGUAUCUGCCGGCGCGAUUAACACUGCAAAACUCCUCAUGCUGUCCGGUGUCGGUCCAAAAGAUCAACUGCAGAAACAUAACAUCGAAGUCAUAUCUGAGCUGCCCGUUGGAGAAAACUUGCAAGACCACGUUUCCACUAUUUUAAUCCAUAAAACCGAGAAGGCAAGCGGACCGCCGCCGCCUAUGAACCCCUAUGAGUACCCAGCUCCCACCAUAUUAAGUCACCUAGCUUUUGACAAGUCACAAGGGCAAGCAGAUUACCAAGUCGGUAGCUUUAUCGUCCCAGAAAGCAUUGUUUUGUAUUAUUGUACGUACAAUUUCCGCUUUAAACAUCAGAUUUGCGAUGAUCUUUACACUUUGAUUAAAGGAAGGAAAGCGAUCUUCCAUAUGUUAAGCAUUCUAAAUACUAAAACGAGGGGCAAAGUAGCCCUGAAAAGUUCUAAUGCCCUCGAUCAUCCCGUUAUCGACUAUAAGUAUUUGUCCAACGAAGAAGAUUUAGAAAAUACUGUUAACUCUCUUGAAGAUUUCUCUCGCAUUGUCGAAACAACACAUUUGAAGAAUGUGAACGCUGAAUUAGUCGAUCCGGUGUCGGUGAACUGUGGUCAGUUUUCUAAACAAAGCAAAGAAUUUUGGAAGUGCUACUCGAGCUGCAUGUUCAGUGGUUAUAACUACUUCGCUGGGACUUGCGCGAUGGGGUCUGUCGUAGACACCAAGUUGAAGGUCAAGGGAGUGCAAAAUCUGCGAGUGGUGGAUGCAAGCGUGAUGCCGACCAUCACCAGCACCGGUGUGAUGGGACCGGCCAUCAUGAUCGGCGAGAAAGGUGCCGAUAUUAUUAAGCAAGAGUUCGGACUUUCAUAA